GGCUGGAUUUAAGGGUGCCGCCGACGGCUUGUGAAUUUAAAGGGCCCGCUGCCUUGCUGGAGCUGGUUUGAGGGUAGGGAGGUGGUCGUUUGGGGACCGCGUUUUUGUCAUGGGACCUGUGCUGUUGGGAACGUUGCUUCUCAUUUUGGCCGUGUUCGAGGCUUGGGCUGGGACGCCGAAGGAAGAGGACGAUGAUACAGAACGCUUGCCCAGCAAAUGCGAAGUCUGUAAGCUGCUGAGCCUGGAGCUACAGGAGGAGCUGAGUCGCACUGGCAGGUCUCGAGAGGUGCUGGAGUUGGGGCAGGUGCUGGACACGGGCAAGAGGAAGAGACAUGUCCCUUACAGCGUUUCGGAGACAAGGCUAGAAGAGGCCUUGGAGAAUUUAUGUGAGCGGAUCCUGGAUUACAGUGUUCACGCUGAGCGCAAGGGCUCCCUGAGAUAUGCCAAGGGUCAGAGUCAGACCAUGGCAACCCUGAAAGGCCUGGUGCAGAAGGGGGUGAAGGUGGAUCUGGGGAUCCCUCUGGAGCUAUGGGACGAGCCCAGCGUGGAAGUCACAUUCCUCAAGAAGCAGUGUGAGACCAUGCUGGAAGAGUUUGAAGAUGUCGUGGGAGACUGGUACUUCCACCACCAGGAACAGCCUCUACAGCGUUUUCUCUGUGAAGGCCAUGUGCUCCCAGCUGCAGAAACUGCAUGUCUACAGGAAACCUGGACAGGGAAGGAGAAUGAGAGGAUCACAGAUGGACAAGAAAAGACAGAAGGGGAGGAAGAGCAGGAGGAGGAAGAGGAGGAGGAGGAAGAGGAAGAAGAGACAAAUACACCAGGCCACCCCAAGCAUGACCCAGAGGACCUUUGAAGCUUGCCUUUGAGCUCCCAGGAGAGGCAGGGGUCAUGGAGAACACUCUGACAUCUGAGCUCUCUGACAGCUGCCCCAUAGCUUUAAGGGUGUAUGUCUGUGUGUGAGUGACUCCACUCCAGAGCUUGUAGCUAUUCUCUUCCAUCUGGUCCCAGAUAGCAUCCUGGUGGUGCCGCAUGGCAUAGCUAUGGGAAGAAGAUGGGAGAAGCAGGUUGAAGUUCUGCUCCAACAGACAAGCCCUCUGCCUGCCAUCCAGUCCCUUAACAGGAAGAUGUGUGUGGUGACAGUAUCAAAGGCACUCCCCUUUACCUCUACUACUCCCAGAGGUGAGUGGUGGCUUUGGGGCUAUGGGCCCUGGGACCAUCACUUUGCCACUUUAGGGCUUAGUUUUAGACCUUUGCAAGGAAGAAGCCAGAGUGGACAUCUUCUACAACCUAAUCACACCGUCUACUUCCAGGAGGCUGCGUGCAGCAAACUGUGAUCAAUAAGGGGACAAUAGAUGGGGAUGGGAACGACGCUGAUAAACUAGGCAGGGUAGAUACUUGGACUACUUCAUAUUAAUCUCACCGAGGACCCACCAUAUAAUUUCACAGGUGCCAAAUUUUCUAUAUCGCUAUUAAACUUUUUUUUCUUUUUUAAAAUAUCAA